GAAUGAUAUAGAUAUGAUACUGGUAGGCGAUUCGCUGGCGAUGGUUGCACUGGGCUAUGAGUCCACGACCGAGAUCACCUUAGAGGAGAUGUUCCAUCACUCAAGGGCAGUGUCUCGCGGGACGAAGCGCUCGUUUCUGGUGGGAGAUAUGCCAUUCGGCAGCUACCAGGCCAGUCCGGAGGAUGCCGCCCGAAACGCAAUCCGAUUUAUAAAAGAAGCCAAUGUGCAGGCGGUGAAGUUAGAGGGCGGGGAACAUAUGGGUCCCGCUAUUGAAAAGGUAGUAGGCUGUGGUGUGCCGGUGUUGGGACACAUUGGAUUGACUCCACAGAGUGUCAAUGUCCUGGGCGGCUUUAAGGUGCAAGGCAAGACUGCCGACUCGGCUCAGCAACUGGUCAAAGACGCGUUGGCCCUUCAAAAGGCCGGUUGCUUCGCUAUAGUUAUCGAGGCUGUACCAUCGCCCAUCGCCGAGUACAUCACUAAGCAGAUCAGUAUACCUACCAUUGGCAUAGGGGCAGGUCCACACACAAGCGGUCAAGUGUUGGUGACAUUGGAUAUGUUGGGCGUCUUCGAUCGAUUCACUCCCAAAUUCUGUCGACAAUACGCACAGCUUGCCUCGACGUGUCAUAACGGUUUGAAGAAAUACAUAGAAGACGUGCGCGAUCAACACAAGGCACAAAUUUCGAGCAGUCAACAGGAGGUAUAAAUGCAGAUUCUUUUAGUGCCCCUGAUGUUGAUUUCUAUAUUUGACAUAUUGCCAACUUUCAGCAAGUACUGAGAAAACAAGGACUCCAGAGGAAUCAUAUUCCUUUGUAGUACUGAUAGUAGAGGUAAGCGGUCAUCAAGCGGCGCUACUGGAGAGCGAUUUCUUGCUAAAAAAAAUAUUUUCAAAGUAAACAGGGUAAUCAUCGGGAUUGUUCGAACUUCUGCUGAUAAUAGUGUAACCUCGAUGGUUUGAUUAUAUCGACAAUAACUGAUGAAUUUAGGUUGUCAUGACCGAUAUGUACAUGACACAGCUACAAUUAGUCCAUGUUUACUGGUUCAGAUAUUUAUAAAAUUGUGCCGUGCGAUAUCGCCAUCGAAUAAAUAUCUCAUAAAUAUCUGAUAUCCUCA